CAAAGGUGAGGGAAUAAUACUGCCUGCCUGCUCCUGACGCUCCUAACACGAACACUGCUGGAUGGUUUCGGCCUGCUGGUUGUUUGGGGUAACAUGGCGGCAGUGAAGUGCAUCAUGGGUCUCCUGGUCCUGCUCGUAGUCUCAGCCUGGACCGAGGCGGGGGUUGUGAAGAGAGCGAGCGGUGACCAGAGCGACGAAGAUGAGGGACACCCGACCGUCACACAGCAGUCGGAGAAAGCCAACAGCAGCCUCCACAGUAACCCAGACCGCCCAUUCAUCGUGUCUCAUCAUCGCACCCUGAGAAGCAUCAGACCCUGCGUCCUGCGCGAAUGCAUGUGGCCUAAAUCCACAGAUGGCAAGGUUUAUAUUCCCUAUGUCAUCACAAACCACUACUCUUCUCAGGAGCUGGUUAUCAUCAAAAGAGGCAUCAACUCCUUCUCCUACUCCACCUGCAUCCGCUUCUUUCCCCGCACCAACCAGAGGGACUUCCUCCACAUCCAGUCUCUGGAUGGAUGCUACUCCUACGUGGGUCGCCAAGGCAACGGCCAGACGUUGUCUCUGAGCCACCGCGGCUGCAUUUACUACGGAACGGUCCAGCACGAGCUGCUCCACGCGCUGGGCUUCAGCCACGAGCAGUGUCGCGCCGACAGGGACCAGCACAUCCGGAUCCUGGCGCAGAACAUCCUCGAGGGUGAAGAUUACAACUUCGACAAGCUCAACACUCUGAACCAGGAGACUCCGUACGACUACGGCUCUGUCAUGCACUACAGCAGGCUGGCUUUCUCCAGGGACAACUACAACCCCACCAUGGUGGCGGUCCCAGACCCCAGCGCUGUGUUUGGUAUGGCCCGGAAGAUGAACCAGAACGACAUCAACCGCAUCAACCUGCUGUACUGCAGGAGCUAGUUUCUGUCUGAUGUGAACUGCAGCAGAAGGAGUCGUCUGUUAGGGCCAUUACAGCGGGUUCAACAUCCCACCACCACCACCACCACCACCACCACCCUGAAUCAUGUAGAGAGUGGAGGCCUGUCAGCAUCCAUUUCACUCUACUUUCUGCCCUCUUUCAGGAUUUUCCUGUUUAAUCAAUAA